AUGCAGAAACUCCUCUUGGUAGCAGUUUUGCUUAGCGUGUUGGCGGUCAGCGUUUUCGGAUUUGAGGAUGGGGACGAGGUGCUCAGCCGAGUCUACCGGGCUCUCCUCCUCAAGACGAAGCGAAGCCCCUCGAUGGGUCUCUCCCUAGCCGAGUACAUGGCCUCCCCCCAGGGUGGAGAUAACUUCCACUUCAUCCAA